AUGACGCUUAGAGCCGCCAUCAUCAUUAUUUCGAGUACGGCGGCACGAAAUCCUUCACAAGAUUCAUCGGAAACUGUCUUAAGAGAAGUUUUUCACAAACAAGGGGUUGGAGCCUGGGAAGUUGUACAUGUCGGGAUAGUGAAAGACGAUAUACAGGACAUCCAGCAAACCAUAAAGAGUCUAUCAGAUGUGCAAAGUAGUCCAAAUCUAAUUGUGACAACUGGUGGUACUGGGUUUUCUCUAGACGAUGUGACACCUGAGGCCGUGGGUCCCCUUUUGGACAAACAUGCACCUGGGAUUGUCCACGGGGUUCUCGCAGCUGGUUAUUUAAUUACACCGUUUGCUUUGGUGUCGAGGCCCACAGCUGGAGUUCGUAACAGAACCGUAAUAAUUACUCUUCCUGGAUCAACUAAAGGGGCCAAAGAGAGCCUUGAAUCGAUAAUAAAACUUCUUCCUCAUGUUUGUCAACAAGCUUCCGGUGCUGACUCUAGAAUACUGCAUGUCGGAGGAGUGGAAAGUCUAGAGAGGGAAGCAGAUUUCACUAUUCCAAAGCCCCAUCAACACUCAUGUAUCCAUAGCCAUUCAGAUAAAUUACACUAUAGGACGGAGAACAGUCCGCCAACGAAAAAAAUAGCUUCUCGUAUCUUUCGAACAAAUAAUCCUGACCUCGAUCCAACGCAUCGGUAUCGAUCGUCUCCUUAUCCUAUGAUCUCUGUAACUGAGGCACUUGAAUUUAUUCGGACACAUAGUCUCUCGCCUCGAAAGAUCAAUAUAAGCGUUGAUUCUAAUAUAACCGGCUAUGUUGUAGCUGAGGAUGUCAUGGCUACAGAGUCAGUUCCAGCUUAUCGAGCUAGUAUAGUUGAUGGCUACGCUGUUAUAGCUCCUCGUGAUGGAAAAUCCAGUAAAGGUAUAUUUGUUGUUAACUCGGUCAUAAAACCUACCUCGAACAGGUCAGCUGAAGUUCAAACUGGACAAAUAGCACGUGUGACAACUGGUGCCCCUCUGCCUGUUGGUGCAACUGCUGUUGUCAUGGUAGAGGAUACAGCUCUUUUAUCUACGACUGGAAGCAUUCAAAAAGAAGAAAAAGAAGUAGAAAUAUUGGUGGAAGGUGUCAGAGAAGGUGAUAAUAUACGUGAAAUUGGAAGUGAUAUCCAGAAGGGUGAUAUAAUACUUCGUAAUGGCACCGAAAUAUCUCGUACUGGAGGAGAACUUAGUUUGCUUGCAUCAGUUGGCAGGGCAGAGGUGUUUGUGUAUCAACGCCCACUCGUUGGUGUCUUAUCCACCGGUGAUGAAUUAGUUGAGCACAAUCUUUUGGGAGAUUUAAGACCUGGAGAGGUCCGAGAUUGCAAUAGAACAGCUAUAAUUUCAGCUAUCAGUAGUUGGGGAUAUAACGUUUUGGAUCUUGGGAUUGCACGAGAUAAGCCAGAUAGGUUGGAACAGAUGUUAAGAGAUGCUCUGCGCAAAGUUGACAUUGUAGUUACCUCAGGUGGGGUGUCAAUGGGUGAGCACGAUUUACUUAAGCCAAUAAUUGAACGAUCACUUGGCGGUACGAUACAUUUUGGCCGCGUUUCCAUGAAGCCAGGAAAGCCGACUACCUUUGCCACUAUUCCCGCUCAAGCAGAAACUGGAAAAUGGACACAAAAAUUGAUCUUCUCCUUACCUGGUAAUCCGGUUUCAGCACUAGUCGCUUUGCAUCUUUUUAUCUUACCAUCGCUGCAUCAUACCUCUGGUAUGUUGUCGGUAGGAUUACCAACAGUCAUGGUUACAUUAGACCAUGACUUUUAUUUAGACCCAGAACGACCAGAGUUUCAUCGUGCUACAGUGGUAGCAGGGAGGGAUGGUUUGUUGCACGCGAGCAGUACUGGAGAGCAACGUAGCUCAAGAGCGGCUAGCCUUAGAAGUUCUAAUGCUCUGCUCUGUCUGCCAAUGGGGAACCAUACCUUAAUCAAAGGAGAUAAAACUGAUGCCUUACUUCUGAGUCGGAUAUAUAGUUAUGUAGAUGAUUAUUGA